AUGCCAUUUGAUACUACCAUUCUCAAGUCAUUACAAAUAUCCAAAGUGGGAAAGAAAUUACCGCAACCGUUACCGUUAAGAACGUCACCGUUGUUCACCCAUUUUGAAAGAUGGGCUGGUAAGACACGAAAGUUGUUAUUAAAGGAGCCCAAUCAUGUGUCUAUGUUGAAAUCUUUCAACUUCAGAUUGAAUGAUAAUCCUUUUGCUCAUAUAUUGAGUUCUCCUUCAAGAUUAGACAGGAUCGGUAAAGUAAAAUUACCGAAACAAUUAUUGAUUCAAGUUAAAAGUGAGAUUAAGGAUAAAUAUCCUAGCAUUUCAUUAAAUACAGUGGUAGAUAACUCUAUAAGGGAUACUACAUCAAAACAUUCAUACAUUUUAAAUAAGAUGAAUUUACUUGAAAAAAAUUUAAGGAAUAUCAAGAGUAUUCUCCCACUGCAUGUAUUAUCGGAUGCUGACAUCGGUAAGAAAAUUCCACAUAUCCAAUUUGAAAAGGACAAAUUAUUAGAAGAACAUUUGAGUAAAUUAAAAGAACUUCUUUGGGAUCAAUUAAGUAAAUUACCAUUAACUGAAAAGCCUAUUACAGAUAUGUCAUCAUCAUCAUCACAAAUCAUAGUAACUUAUGAUAAAUCAAAUUCAGAUACAUUGAAAUUGAAUAUUAUAAAGGACGAAUCAAUGAAUAUAAACAAAUACAUUAUUACGUUUAACUUGGCACCAAUCAAUGAACCAAAAUUUGAUGAAUUAUUUGCUCAUGGAUCUAAGAAAUUGAAUCUAGAUCAAAGAAAUCAUGCCGAAUUGAUCUUACGUAUCUACAGAACUCUGAUGUUAAUAACCUAA